UAUUAUGUAGCAUCAAUGUUUUCCAGGGAAUAUGCGGACCCCAAGUUAGAGAGCAUAGCUGAGAACACCAAAGGGAAGACCUUCACAGUGCUGGACACUGACGACGGUGGGAUGUUGGACGACGCCUUCCAGGCAGCUCUCACCUACCAACCUGCUGACUCCCUGGCCAACACCACCGUCAAGAUCUACGAGAGUGAAUACCAAGGCAAUGAAACCAACGUCACCGGUGCUUUUACGGUGGACUUCACGGUGGGUCGUAAUCUGGUCUUUCGUUUUGUCGCCAACCACAACACCGGCAUCAGCAAUGGACCGUACCUACUACGUCCCAACGGCACCAUAAUGAACACCACUCUCAAUGAUGCCACCCUCAAUAUGUGGACCAUCAAGGUUCCUCUGGCAGAGGAGGGAACAUGGGCCUGGCAAGUUGAAUUCACCACAAGUGACAACUAUGCUCGUGUGGAUGUCACAGCUCAGGCAAGAGACUCCAACACCUUGCCUAUCCUCACACGAGCCUGGCUAAGUGCUCAGGAUAACGUGAAUGCUACCGCUACACCAAUCAUCAUCUACGCUGAAGUGAAACAAGGAAAUAACCCAGUGGUCGGCGCCAGGGUCAGGGCUGAGGUUACGCAGCCUAUUGCAACAGCGCAGCCGGUAUUGGUGGACCUACUGGACAACGGGCAGGCUGCUGACAACCAAGCCGGUGAUGGUGUCUACUCUCGCUACCUCACCUCCUACUCUACAACUGGCAGAUACUCCGUCAAGGCUGAGGUGUGGGACGACGGUAGCAGCUAUAUCAACAAUGGUUUUAUCGUCUCUCGCCAGCCAGCCCGCAUGCCCACCCACCCUGCUUCCCGGGCAGCUCGUGCCAUUAUCUCACUUCCUCUAGAUGGCCCUAGUUACUGUUGUGGCAGUGUUGUACCCUGGGACCUCGCCUCUGCUCAACCUACUGGCGCCUUCACCCGUACUGCCUCUGCGGGCUCUGUGCAGGUAAUUGAUGUAGCAGCAGCAGGAGGUGACUCCCUACCACCCUCACGAGUGACGGACCUACAAGCAACAGUCACCUCGACGACUCUCAACCUCACCUGGACAGCUCCAGGAGACGACUAUGAUGCUGGCACAGUGUCUGGAUACGAGGUGCGGAUGAGUGUCAACCGGAGCAGCUUACUGGAUGCUUCUCUCUACAACACCAACAUUCUGGUCCUCCUCUCCUACUCGGACUCCAGCAACAUGUCAGAGCUCCUCCUCGAGGCUGGACACAAGGUCAACCUCUACCUCGAUAAUCUUGAAGAACUACAACUCGAUAAGGUGUAUUAUCUGGCGCUCAGAGCUCUGGAUGACUUCAAUAAUACCAGUCCUGUGUCUAACUUGGUGACUGCCAUGGUUCCGCCAGCCUCAUCCCCAGACACCAGUGGUAUGCCUGUAUGGGCUAUUGUCGUUCUGGUCGCUGUCGCCUUCAUCGUUGCGGUCGUCGCUCUUGUUGGUUACAUGGUGCACAAAAGGAAAUAAUAUGAAGAAAGUAGCCAGUUUUAAGGAGCUGAAGAGGGCACACUGAACGGAAGAAACCCGAGUGUCAUCCGAUCCCCUAUGGCUUUAGCGCUUUUCCUUUCAUCAUACUGUUGUGCCACUGGAAUGUCUAGUUGAAGUACCCGCUGCUCACACUGAAUGUUAUCUCAAAAAACAUGAUACGAGAUCACAAAGGGUCUUGGUUAGACUCCACUGGUCAUAGUUACAUCGUGAAUACAUUUCAGUCAUUUCAUAUAGCUAACCGUCUAGCCGAUGCAAUAAUAUGGGUAUUCUCAAAAACUUCAGAUUUAUCAUUACCACUACAAAUUGAUCCCAUACUAGGCUACACUCUCAUAAUACGAACUCUUUCAUCUAGACGGGGCCAAGUGUGAAUUAAAAAUACCUUAUUAACAAUGAAGUUAUUGAUUUUCUGUUUGGACAUUGAAAUAAAAUGUUCUAGUGUGUGUCCCUGUCUCUGUCCACACUCAACAUAUACUGAGAUUGUGACUUUCCAUACAAGCUGAGAUGCAAUAGAUACAGCCAAACCUUAAUUUAGUAGUGACAGUUCUUGUAGUUUGCUGAUUUUUUUUUUCUCCACAAAUUCUUUAUUUGACACAUUUCAUUAUGGUAGAUAAUGGCUCUGUUAGUGGUAGCUCCUGUUUGUACUGUCCUACUUCAAACUAAUGUAUUGAUUUGUUUAUGACUUGUAGGUAUAGCGCUUCAUUUUUUUUAUUGAUUUGAUUGUAUUAAUUUAUUUUAAACUGUUCCAGAACCAAAAUUAUUUUUAAUGAUCUCUGUUUAAUGCUAGUUUAGCCAAGGCACAGAAUUCAUCAUUCUCUGAGACUGAGUCUAUACGAUUUUAACCUUAAUUCCUCUGUAAAAUAAUUUGUGCAUAUAUGUGUAUUAUGUCAGAGAAAAGUGUUAAAUUAAGAACUUCAACUAUUUAAGGCAAGUAAUGAACAUAGAGAAAGCUGAACACUGUAUCUCGGAAUAUAUAGGUCAAUCUUUCUGUAUUGGACUUUCUCUGAGCCGCCUUAUUCUGCAGAGAACACUGUGAAUAGAUCAACUGUUAUUCCUCUGGGGAUUUCACAGUAUUGCCUUCAAAACCACAAAGACUCGACCUCGUAAUCUUCUAUAUAGUCAAAAUAAAGCCUCGCCUUAACCCUUCUUCCUUGCUCAUACAGCUGUUCACACAUUAUUUUCUUUUUUAGUCAUAAGUUUUAACAAUGUAUACACGAUAGGUUAAGUUAACAAUUUUUUCCUAACAUGACAAAGUUCUCUUAUAUUUUAGAACUGAUGGGGUUUGAGAUUUCAAAAUUUUUGGAAAUUUAAAAAUAAAGAUAUUUUCCCCGGC